CCGCCGCUUCCCCGCGUCUCUCCCCGAAAACCCCAACCCCAGCAAGGAUGGGACAUUUCGCCGGACCCUCCGCCUCCGCCUCCGCCGACGAGGCAUUCUGGACCGCGUGCCCGCACUGCUGCUACACGCACUCCUACCCGCGCCUCUACGUAGGUCGCCGCCUCCGCUGCCCCACCGCUACCUGCCGCCGCGUCUUCUCCGCCGACGAGCUCCCCUCCACGCCGCCCAUCGUCCCCGGCGCCGACAUGUACUUCUGCACCUGGGCCUUCUUCCCGCUCGGUCCUACUGCCGUCGCUGAAGGCUGGGCCCCAUUCACCCCCUUCAACCCCGCCCCCCCUCCCUCCCCCUCCCCCGUCCCAAACCCUACCGCUGCCACCCCCGCCUGUGCCGUUCCAACCCGCGUGAGACCCACCUCCAGGAAGAAGGUUGGCGUGUGCCUCAAGGGUAGGGCCCGUGUCGAGGCGGAGGAGGAAGAGGAAGAAGAGGAGGAGAAGGCAUCCACCGUCGCCAAUCUCAAGGCCGGAGAGGAGGUGCAGGCGGAUUGGCUGACCCUUGGCGACAACGGCGGCAGCAGCGGAAUCAACAUCAACGAGACGGUGGAUCUGAGCGAGCUGGGUUUCCGCGUUGACGAGUCGGGAUUUCUCCAAGAGAUUCCGUGAUCGAUGGGUGAGAAGAAAGGUUGUGCCUUUUGAUCAUACCGCGCUUAAGACUAGUAAUAACUGCUAAAAAAUGUACAUGGUUCGAAUAUGGGGAUGUUAGUACCGUAA